AUGGUGCAGCAGCUGCCAGAUGCCGGUGCAGACGUCAAUACGGUGGGGGGAGACUAUGGCACUGUACUCCAGGCAGCUUCACUUCAAGGGUCUACAGAGAUGGUGCAACAGCUACUAGUUGCCGGUGCAGACAUUAAUGCUGUGGGGGGAUAUUUUAGCACUGCGCUCCAGGCAGCUUCGUUUAGCGUGUCUACAGAGGUGAUGCAGCAGUUGCUAGAUGCCGGUGUAGAUGUCAAUAUAGUAGAAGGUCAAUAUGGUACUGCACUCCAGGCAGCUUUAUUUAAAGGGUCCACAGAGGUGGUGUAG